AUUCUAAAUUGAUCUUACGAAUAUCUUAUAAUAAUUAUAAUACACAUUUAUAAUCGAUUAUUAUUAUAACGUACAUCUUUACUUGAUCAUCAUGCAAAGAAAAUUAUUGAAUAUUAAAGGGUUUUUAGUACUAUUAACAAUUGCAUAUGCAAACGAGGAAAAUACAAAUAUGGAAAAAAGAAUCAAAGGCAAUCCGUUAAAAAUUGCUAUGCUUAAAAUUCAAUCAAAUAAAGAGCACUUUAAAGAUGCGUUUGCUGAAAGUAGAAAAGUGUCGUCAGAAAUUAUUCAAAAUUUACAAAAUGAGGAUGAAUAUUAUCUUCAAUUUGAAAGGAUUAAAAAUUACAUUCAAAAUAUAGUAGAAAAUAUUGAAGAAUCUAUAUCGAUAUUAAAUAAAAUUAAAUCUAUUUUUGAUAAUGAAUCUAAUCCAACAACUGAAGACGUUAUAAAUGCACUUUUUUUAAUAUUGGAGAACACAGCUUUCUUUGGAGAUAUAAUUUAUAAGUUUCCAAAAAUCACUACUUCCAUCUUAAAAAUAGAAAAAAGAUGGAUAGAUCCACUUACUUUGUCUCUGAUAUAUACUAGUGCAAUGGAAGAUUUCUUGGGUGCCUCAACUAAUAAUAUAAUUUCUACAGCUCAAGAGCGACUACGCGACAUAAAAGAAGAAUUGAAACUAAAAAUAAACAAAAUCUCAGAACAUCAGAUUCGUUCGAAAUUCGUAAGAUUUGAAUUAUGAGCAUUUCUCUCUCUCUCUCUCUCUCUCUCUCUUUCUCUCUGGUAGUUUUAAUAAAAUAAGAAAUAUUUUAGGCUGUAAUUUAAAUAUUUUGUUGAAAAAUAUUUCUAUUUUGUUUCUUUUUCCAUUGAAAAUCAACAUUGACAACAAUCUCUAAGAUCAUACGUAGAUUCAUAUAUCCGUGUUAAUGCCUGAAAUAUAUAUAAUUCAAAUAAUGUAUUUCAUUGUAGAUAAAAAAUUUGCGUGUAAUUGCAUGAAAGUAUUUUAUAUUAGUUUGCCCUUAUACAUGCAAUAAAACCAGAUUUAUAAAGUAUGAUACAAUUGUUUUACAGUUCGAAUAACACUACUUCUAUACGAUAGUUAUAUACAUCUCAUUAAAAAUUAGAUCAAAUUAUAAAUAUUUGUAAUUUUUCUAAUGUUUAUUUUGUAUAGUUCUAAAUAUAAAAUAGUAAUAUGAUUUAUAAGUCUAAUAAAAUACAUUUUUAUAAAAUUGCAAUUAGAAUUGUAACUAGUUCUUUGAAUAUACACAUUUGAACCCAGAGAUAAGUAGAGUACACGUACUUUACAAAGUUUUCUAACACGUAUUCCUCGUAAACGAGGCCUCAAACUGUCCAAAUACACCCUUUAUUUAAAUAUAGACUUAUAUAAAAUGAGUUCGUUUUAUUUCAAUAAUAUUAUUCUCAAUUUCAUUUUGUAUAAUUAAAGCGUUUAUAAAAUCAACGUUAUCAGUUACAACAUUUGACAUUGGUUUAGACUUUCUAUUGAAUUAAUAUUUAUUUUAUAAUCUGUUAUUUAUAUACGUUCUUAGAAAUGUCACCUAAACAUCCUGUAUAUAUAUUUAAAUUAAGGAAAGAACGUUAUUCUACAUUUAAUCUUCGAAUACAUUAUAAUCAAAUUGUUGUGUCAUCAUGCAAGUAAAAAUACCGUGGAUGUUAAUGUGUAUUAAAUUUUUAUUAUUGUUAUCAGCAGUUAUGUAUGUGCAGACAGAAUUCACAAAGAAUAAUACAAAAAGAAUGAAUAAAGAUCCAUUGAAAGAUGCAAUAUUUAAAUUAGAACGAAACGAUGAUUUAUGUAUGUACUUUAAGACGAUAAUUAAUUAUAAUACCUUAUUUAAAUGUUUAUUUUACAUAUAAAAAUCUAGUAUAAGGAUUUUUUUUAAUUUAUAUUUAUAUUUUUUUAUACGUUAUAGUUAGAAUAUCGCUUUUAAAACGUAGACAACAAAUUGCAGAAAUUAUUCAAAUUAUACAAAAAAUAAGUUCACAUGAUAUGAAAUUUGAAACGAUCGCAAUACUUACUAAAGAUAUAAUGGAAUCUAUUGAAAAUAGUACAACAUUAAUAGAAAAUUGUAUAUGUAAUGUUCCUGGUUACGAUUUAAAUGAUUAUAUUAUUGGAGAUGGUAAGUCAUAUUUAUAUAUUUGGAAAAAAUAAACAUAAUAUUAUACGACAAAUAAAUAUCAUAUAGCCAAUAUUUUACAUCGUAUGUUGCUGAUAUAAUUUUCGUUGACCUUAAAGCCUUGUUUGUAAUAUUAGAAGACACAGCUUUUCUUGGAGAUAUGAUUGUUCAUUUUCCGAAUUUUAUGGAGACAAUAUUAAAAGGUCAUACAGAAUGGACGAUACCGUUAUAUUGGUCUUUUAGAUUUAUUCAUAAAAUGAAACAUUUGUUAGACAAAUCGACGAUUUCUGUAAUUUAUUCAGCAAAACAAAAAUUAGGUUUUAAGGAAUAAAAAUUUGGAUUCAUAAAUUUACAAAAAUAUAAUAAAAUG